GUGUUGAGCAUCUGGGAUGUGGAAACUGGAGACUUGAUGCAUACACUUUCCCCUCCGGAAGACAAUUCCUUGUCAAUCACAGCGGCUAUGGAGAGAAACGAGUACAUGGAACCAGGAGAAACCUCUCAAGUCAUAUUCGCCCAUGAUGGCGAAAUAUUGAUUUCUGGAUGUCCGGACACAAGCAUGGUUUGUAUCUGGAGCACCGAGACUUGGGAGCUGCAACAUACAAUCCGAGGACAUUGGGUAUACCUCUCACCGAAUGGAAAGUUUCUUGCUGUCUCGAGUGAUACAUUCAGGGUCACGCGGAUAUACGAGACGACCACUUGGCAGCUACACAGCACUCUGAAGUUCUCAGACCGAGACCGAGAAGUCUUUCCGAGUACAUUCUCACCUGAUAGCAAGCUUCUCGCUACCUACUCAGGUCAUGAGAUAGCACUUUGGGACAUUGAUAGCAGUAAAGUCAUCAAGACGUUCACCGAUACUACAAGGAAGGUCUCUGCGCCUGUAUUCUCGCUGGAUGGAAGAGUUGUGAUGGUAGGUGCCAGAAAAUGCGGUUUCAGAAUCUGGGAUGUCGAGGGUGGAGAUUGUUUGUUGGCUCUCCAACCCGAAGACGGAGCCAGAGAUUCUUGGAAUAGCAAUGGAUGUAGAGGCGGACCUCCAGCAUUCGAGGUCUUGUUUAUUGAAGGUGGAGCGAAGAUUGCUGUUGCUUUUCCUGAUGGAAGUGUGAAGAUCUGGGAUGUUAGGUGGCAGUCGACUUGA